AUGAAUUCGCCUAGCAUUCCCAACAAAAUAAUUAAUAAUUAAUUUGUUCUGAAGAAAAAAUUAUCGGCUGGAUCAUAUGGAGUUGUUUUUGAAGCUGAAGAUUUAUUAAAAAAAUAAUUAGUGGCUGUUAAAAUAGAGAAAAAAGAAAAGAAUUCAACACUUGACCGUGAAAUACAUAUUCUCACUAGAUUGUUAGGCACACAAGGUGUUCCAAAGCUAAUUUGGAGUGGAAUAGAUAACAAUUCCAACAUACUCGUUUAACAAUUGCUGACAAAGGAUAUUGGGGCAUAUUUAAAAGAAUAUCGAAAAUUUUCAUUAAAAACUGUUUUAAUUAUAACUGAUUACCUAUUACAAGGGAUAAGAAGAAUUCAUAAUAAAUCUGUUGUCCAUAGAGAUUUAAAACCAGAAAACAUUAUGUAUCAUUAAAAACAAAUCUACAUUGUUGACUAUGGUAUCAGCAAGUUAUAUCGAGAUAAUAACUUAAAACAUGUUCCAUUUAAAGAAAGUCGAUCAUUUGUAGGAACCACAAGAUAUGCUUCAAUAGCUGCUCAUAAAGGUCAGGAACUAGGAAGAAAAGAUGAUCUUGAAUCUUUGAUAUAUAUAGAUAUUCUAUUAUUAAAAGGAAUUUUACCAUGGUAGAACAUGCUAGGUUAAAAUAACAAGGAAAGAUAGAAAUAAGUUGGAGAAAAGAAGAUGAAAAUGACUCCAGCAGAAAUCUGUGUUGAUCUACCCAUUGAAUUUUCGAAAGCCUUAGAAUAUAUAAGAUCAUUGAAGUAUCAAAGUGACCCAGAUUACGAUUACUUAAUUUAACUCUUUAGAAAGUUAGCUUAAUCUCGAAAAAUUGAAUAUGAUGAUGUGUAUGACUGGACUUCAUAAUCGAAUUAGUCUUCAUCAAAUAAUUAAAAAUAGGAAACUACAAUCAAAUAAAUAUCCUCUUUGCAAUAAUUCGAAAGAUCUCCAAUAACUAUGCAAAAUAAGUGGUAAUUCUUUCUGCUCUAUUAUAGCUAAUCACUAAAAGUGCCUUCAACACUUGAUGUUUUAUAAGAUAGAAAAAGAUCACUUUAGAACACAUCCUAUUUAUAGUAAGUAUAAGAUGAAUUAGAUAAAUCCAUCUAAAAUACUUACAUGCUUAGCUAAGUUGCAAAUGAUUAUGAUUCGAAACAGGAUUAUGUUUCUGAAGAUGAUAUUAAUGAUACGCUUUUCUUAAGAUACAAUUAGUUAAAAUCUUAAAUCUUAUAAAUACAUCACACGAAGAAAAAUUUAGAAUCAAAAUUAGUAUGA